AUGACUCGCGGCCGCAAGAAAGACCAUACGCUACCAGAGAGCCGUACUUUGGCCGCGCAGCGUAACUACAGAGACCGCAAAGCCAAAUAUGUCGCGGAUCUUGAGCGACGAUGCGCGGUGGCAGAGGCGGAAAUAGUCCGCCUACGAGAGGAGCUCGCGGAAGCACGAGGCAUUCAAGAUGACACUUCAAUUCUGGCCACUCAGGAGGCCCAUCAACUGUUGCGAGGCUGCUCAGAGAUGAUAGGGCAUCUCUCUUCAACACAGCAAGCGUUAGUCCGCUUUCAAGAGCGCUUUAUACGCACUGGGCGCACCAACCAAUCCCAUAGUCUGUCCUCGCCGAUCACGCAACCUUCCAAUCUCGAUCUCCUUAUGACUGCUUACGACCGUAUCUGA